AUGGGAUAUGAGUGGAAUGGGGACCCUACCAUCCUCAUCGUAGUCAUUGCCUGCUCGGUAUGCUUCGGAUGGGUGCCCAUCAUCACUGUUGUCAGCAUCGUCCGCCACUGCCGUGCCCGCCUAAGGGCAAAACGAGGCUCGAAUGGUACCAAUUCUGAUGCCGAAAGUCAGGGAGGCAGACCCAGCACCGCUCCUGAUGUGCCCAAGCCGCUCCAGACAUAUCACCCCAGCUCAACCAAGGGUCUCGAGAGGAGCGCGUCAAGUCGGACACGCAGCUCCGCUGAUGGCUACGACCUCAAACGUGUCGACACCAAUUCUUCCUGGAAUCCCAUCCGUCACUCCUUUCACUACGACAACGAAUCGCUUUGGGGAGGAGACGGGCUGUCCAGGAGCAACAGUCGUCAUCGGCCCCCGUACUUUCCCACCCACGUACACAACACCACACCUUCACUCAGCCGCCCAGCCUCCAUCCGCUCUGUCGCAUCGAGCCAUCGGCAACAGAGCCGGAGCCGCCGAAGCUCAAUGGCCAGCAACUCUGACAACGCACCGGCAGCCUUCCAGAUCAAUGACACCUACUACGACACUACACCGCUACCAAAUGUGACGAGGACUGUAAACCCUGUCGUCGCCAGCAGUAGUACGCCCACCUCGUCAAAGGGGCCAGGACAAUCUCCACAGCAACGUCAACAGAAGCAGCCAAAGCAAGACAAUCCACACCCACCGCAGCGCAACCGCCGCAGAAGGCACUCUCUUGACGCCCGCCGGGAUUCGGAUUCUCUAACCCGGGACAUCUCCAGACCCAACACCUCCAUGACAAGACGAGAAGUCGAAGAAUACGAAGACCUCGACAACCAGAAGCAAAAGGCCACCCACCGUAGCCACCGACCACCCCGGCCAGGAUCAGCAUCACGGCGUGGCAGCCACCCAGCACCCGGCGGCAGCGAAGAGACUGACGAUGACCUGUCCAUGGCCGGGGCCUUGCCGCCUGCCAAGUUGCCCCCGAGGCGAGCAUCGCUCCAUGCACAAACAUUUGAGCGUCCGGCAUGGCUGGACGAGGAGCCCCACGCCAUGUGA